UAUAUCUAUAUAUAUUAUAUAUAGCAAAUAGGAAUAAAGUAAAUAUAGCCUAAACUUAAAUAAGACCAUAUUUCCCAACAAAAACACUUUUGAAAAGUGACUCUUCUGAGGUGAUUUUACAAUGCUUUGGAUUUAAAACUGUGAUCAAACUUGCUGUGAAUAUAGCAUUUCUCGACAUUAUGACAUAGCAAAGAGUGAACUGAACACUGUUUAAUACAAAACGGUCAACUUACCUGUUUGCCAUGACGUGUAUUUACUUAUUAUUAAAGAUUAAGUUAUUUUAAGUUUGUGAUGUCUUAAUAUCGUUUUCAAGACAACUGUCUGAGGCAAGUUAUAUUUCGCGUCGCGAAAGGACAAACAAACACAAUACGAACACAGAGAGACUAGCACUUGCUUGUAGCCUCAGCGUCUAUUUGUCUUCGUGACCCACUUUUAAACGAACCUGUCAACUUUGACUCGUUUGAACCGCUGUUGUAUAUUAUUAGUCCUCAGAGAUCAGAUCAGAUCAGCGCGCGCUUCCCGCCCUGCGCGUCACGUGAGCGCCGCGCUCUUAUCGGAUUAGCGUCGGUUAAUCCGCGCGCACCAGCCGCUGUCUCGCGUGUCCGGUGUCUUCGUGCGGGAGGAUUCUCAAUGUUUUGAACGCAGACUCUCCGGUGUCCAGAAGAUCAUGACGGAGGAGCACGCGACAGGUGGUGCAUGCCUGGCCCAAUCAGGUACACCCAAAAACACCACUUCCAGAACUGAAAAACAGAUUUCUAUAAUCUCAAAAAGCGAUUUAACAUCUCAAUUUGCAGACCGUGGGAUGACUGCUGGAGCAGAGGGUGGGGCUGAUGUCACAAAGGAGGCGUGGCCUGCACAACCACGCCCUUUAUCACAUGACCGGGUCACACUAGUAGUGGAUGGGACUCAUUUUGUGGUGGAUCCCGCAGUAUUCACAGCUUACCCGGAUACAGUGCUUGGGAGAAUGUUCGGUCGAGCGCGUCAGCACAGUUUCACGCGACCAAACGCUAAAGGUGAAUAUGAAAUCGCAGAAGGCAUCGGUGCCAGUAUCUUCAGAGUAAUACUGGAUUAUUACCGCGUCGGCGUGCUGCACUGUCCGGAAGGCUUGUCUUUGGCAGAACUGCGUGAAGCAUGCGAUUAUCUGUGUAUAAACUUCGACUACAGCACCGUCAGAUGCCGAGACCUCAGAGCUCUCCUGCACGAGCUGUCCAAUGACGGCGCUCGGCGGCAGUUCGAGGCCUUCCUGGAGGAGCUGUUGGUCCCGGCAAUGGUUGCGAGCGCUCAGGAAGGAGAACGAGAGUGCCACAUCGUGGUCCUCACGGACGAUGAUAACGUAGACUGGGAUCAUGACAACCCUCCGCCGAUGGGAGAGGAAAACUCACAAAUCCUCUACAGCACCAAACUCUACCGUUUCUUCAAGUUCAUCGAGAACAGAGACGUCGCGAAAGCUCUGCUGAAAGAGCGAGGCCUGAAAAACAUUCGCAUCGGGAUCGAGGAACUCGACUCGACUCUAUUGUGCGUCUCAGGAUACCCCACCUGUAAGGAGAAGGUGAAGCGGCGUCCAGGUGGGAAAUCCGAGGUCAUCUACAGCUACGUCCAGCGUCCCUUCAUCCAGCUGUCCUGGGAGAAAGAGGAAGGGAAGAGCAGACACGUGGACUUCCAGUGCGUCCGCAGCAGGAGCGUCCCCAACCUCAUCGCCGUCAUGGGGGAGGGGCCUAUGCGGGCUGGGGCCACGCCCACUCCCCAGGUCGACGAGUUAGAUCGGCUGAAUGGCCCCGCCCCUCCUGGCCUCGACCAAUGACUGAUGGAACUAGAAACACUUGACUAGACCAUAAUAGAGCUCAUGAUGUCAUAAGUAUCCGCUCAUUAAUAUUCAACAUCUCAUUUCAUAUUCAUGACAUAGACAUUUCAUAUCGACUUGUUCGAGUUUUGACCCAUUUCAUCCACGUCACUGGUUCAGUGUGCUUAAAAGUACUUGAGAUCUUUUCACCGUUGUGUCCUUGAGCAAGUUCUUGCCAUUACUGCACUGCAUUUGGCUUCGGAUAAAACAAUAUUUGCAUAAUCAAUAACCAAUUAAUCAAAAAACAGUCUCUUUUUCAGUGCUUUAGAUUACUGAAGAUCAGAUGCAUUGUUUUAGAAUUCAUUUUAGUGAGGAUUUUGUCUGUCGGCGCCAUCUAGUGUCAAGGUGAUGGAUAGAAAAUAGUGUAAAUAUCAUUUAUAAAACACUUUUUAAACGUUUCCUUUGUUUUAUAUCAUUUCUAAGUGGUUUUCAAUAAAAGCAUCUACACAAAAGUUUGGAAUAAUUUAGCUUUCUAAAUGUUUUUCUCCUGUGUUUUGUCUUCUGCUCACCACGGCUGCAUUUCUUGGAUCAAAGAAUAC